GUCGUAAAUCUGGUGGGUAAAGGAUUGGAAGUGGUGCUAUUUUUAAACUGGUCUGCGAUUGUCUGUAUUUCCCCGCAUUUUUUUUGGUGAAUUUAGCUGUGCGAUUCUUCGCGUGGUGGAAAGUAUAAGAAGCGUGGUUCGGCAAAAGCAUUUGCCACGUGUCAACUGUCAAUGCUAUUACGACUCCGCAGAAACGCCCUUUGAAGGCGUUAAGGUUUCUUUGUAGAAAGUCGAUCAUUAUUCUUGGGAAUUCGAGUUUUUGGCAGUGAAUUUAUGAUGCAAGGGGUUUCGAGGUCCUAUUUGCCUAUGGCAUCCGCACAACUUCAUCAACCCUCUCUGCUUACUUCGCCUUGUUUGUAUGCUUCUCGUCGUCGUCCAGUUCUCCAAAGUUCCUUCACAAAUGCGGUUUCUCUUCGUGCUUUUGGAAAGAAAUUUCAACCAUCGUUUCCCCUAACUUACACUGCGGAGAAUGUCGGUUUGAACCACCAGCAACUUCAGGGGAAACUGAAGGCAACCCCCAAUGAUGGCCAAAGCCCUAAUGACGAUACCAAACUUCAUCAGCUGCAUGAUAUCUCCACAUGGAUUCUGGAUUUUGCAGCUUCAAAUUUAUUGCCUCUCGCCUUGAUUACGGGAGUUGUAGUCGGCUUGGUGUACCCACGUUCUGGUCAGAUUGCCCACCAGUGGGGUCUAUCAAAAUGGAGCACUUCUGGAAUAUUUCUCAUUUCUGGGUUGACUUUGAAAACCGGAGAUAUGCUCAAGGUAGCCAGUGCGUGGCCAGCUGCAUUGUUUGGUGUUGUUUCGAUUCUGUUCAUUACUCCUUUAGCAGCCCUUCCAAUCUUGCGCCUUCAGCUAAAUCCUAAAGAACUUGCUACAGGGCUUGCAAUCUUCUGCUGUGUACCCACGACUCUCUCGAGCGGUGUAUCCCUGACGCAGGUUGCAGGAGCAAACACUGCAUUGGCUUUAGCUCUUACCAUAACAACAAACCUCGGUGGCAUAUUAACUAUGCCAUUUUUGCUAUCUUCUUUGGUUGGUCAGAGUGUUGGAAUCACUCUUCCUGCAGGCCCUCUUCUAAAAUCCUUGGUGGAGACGUUACUCUUACCCCUUUUACUCGGGAAGAUGAUACGAGAAUUUUCUGGUUAUGCGAACUUAUUAGACGAAAAGAAGCGAUAUAUGUCGAUGAUCAGCAGUCUCUUGCUUGGCCUUGUACCAUGGAUGCAAACAAGUUGUUCGAGAGAAAUGUUACUCUUGGUGGACCCAAUCCAGCUACUAGCUUCCAUUUUUUGUGGCAUAGCUUUGCAUGCAGUGUACGUCAUAUUUAAUACUACUGUAAUGUGGUUCUUCCCUGCGUAUUGGGGCAAUAAGGGUGGUGACCAAACUUCAGCAGCACGGGCAGUGAUUCUCGUGGCCAGUCAGAAAACAUUGCCAGUUCUCGUAGCAGUGGUGGCAAAACUUAAUGGCGCUUUAGGGGAAUCAGGCUUGCUGGUGCUACCCUGUAUAGCCACGCAUCUGAGUCAGAUACUCUUCGACUCGGUACUCGUCGGUUACUGGCUGGAUUCUGACAAAUCGGCCAAUAAGAAAACUGCUUGAUGUGGUGCGACAUGCAAGCCAAGGGUGCAAUGUACACAACUUUUGCUAUAUAUUUUGUAUUCCAAUUUGUGUUGAAUUAUGUGGAUUUUAAGUGCAAAUAAAAUAUUGAUCCUUAAUUUUGACAUGACGUUCUACAACCUAUAGUGAUUAUCAACCUGAAGACUCAGCUAGAUCAUAUUUCCACUUCGGAAAUUAUUCUAAUUGUUUUUCCCUUCACAGUUUAUGACAAUAAUGUUUUUUUUCAAGGACCAAA